UAAAAAUGAAGUUAUUGUGCUGUUUUAGUGCUGCGAUUACACUCCUCGUACUCCUUCCUCCGCAUACUGCCGCCCAGUUUAAUCAGCGCAGUCAAGGUCCUCUGAGGUGCAUCACCAAGGAUGCAAUUAAUGGAUUUUGUGUGCCCCUGCCCAACUGUAAGGAGUUGGGAGCAAAUACCUACGUCAACAAAGCAAGGGAAAAUGAGUAUGUGAUCGGCCGUAUGAGCAGCUGUGACGGCGUCCCCAGCAUCAACAUGGUUCCAGUGGUCUGCUGCACAGACUCCAUAAAUAACCAACCGGCCACAGAGAAUCCUCAGCACCCGAGAGUCAUCACAGAACCCCCACCUCGGGCUAUCAUCGUCGUGCCGGGGCGACUCCGCUGGUCCGGCGAUUAUGCCGGAACCCUAUAA